AUGCAGUAUAAACGCUGGACAUUCAGGAAAGAAACAGCAUCCAGGAACACGAGGAAGCUCGAAGCAGCAAGCAGAUUCUUUUUCCGGGACGAAGAAAUCAGAAUGGAGAUUGAGGUCCACUGUGAAUUACUGCGUAAUGCAGCAGUGGAAAAGGGGAACAAUUAUAAUCAUUGUACUGUCCCUGUACAUGGCAUCGAGGAGCUUAUCGAUAGUUCGUUAUACGCAGUUCAUUUAUGGGGCAGCAGCUCGCCAUACUCACUUCGAGGGUCGCAAGGUGAACGAACAGUUGGUAGCAGGAUUGUGCCCGUUGGCUCAGAGGAGUUUAGCGGGAACUGGUAUCUUUCGGUCUCCUCGUCACACUUUUCACGGCGGCUCGGCGACUGGCUGGCUCUGAAGCCCCUUCCAGAGCGCGACACCCCAUACCAGCAAUACCGCUGA